AUGCGGAACUUCGAUAACAUCAGGCAGCGAAAUGAGUAUCUCCAAGAACAACUCGAGUUCUUUCACCACAAGCAGCAAAAUGAAGGCGUGCGCGAAGGAGAAGUGGUUGCUGAGUUUGAACCUUUCUCGGCAGAGGUGCGAGAAGUCGCCAUUCUAGAUAACAUGAAGAACCUGGUAUUGGAAUCCUACAGCGGCAGAACCGAUCCGAAGGAUCACCUUCUUUACUUCAAUACAAAAAUGGUUAUCAGUGCAGCGUCGGACGCGGUUAAGUGCAAGAUGUUCCCUUCAACCUUCAAGAGUACGACGAUGGCGUGGUUUACAACCUUACCUCGCGGAUCCAUCACAAACUUUCGUGACUUCUCAUCAAAAUUCUUGAUCCAAUUGUCAGUGAGUAAAGUCAGGCAAGUGACGAUCGACGAUUUAUAUAAUCUGCGUCAGUUCGAGGGAGAAACGCUGAAGCAAUACAUGGCGCGCUACAGCCCCACGUCCGUGAAUAUUGAGGAUUCUGAGCCACGUGCUUGCGACUUGGCGUUCAAGAAUGGACUUCGACCUGGCUCACUGAACAGCAAGUUGAGCAAAAAACCAGCCCGAUCUAUGGAGGAGAUACGCGCAAAUACAUAUAUUUUGGAUGAAGAAGAUGAUGCGUUCAAACGAAAGCGGGCAAAGAAGGAAGAGGACGGUUCUCACGGGAAGCAAGCGAGAAAGGAAAUGCGAGGCGAGGAUAAAAGUGAAGGCAGCAAACACAGGGAGAAGAAGGGGAAGUCAGCGGCGAAGUUCGUUAAGGAACAAUUGUAUCAACGGCGAGAGGCUUUAGAUCAUCGCAGACCAUGGCAGCCGCCAGGAUCUCACCGGCGAGAAGAGGACAUGGAGCUCAACGCACAUUUGACGGAUAUCCUACGGAAGGUGAAGGCCGCACACAUAGUUGGAGAAUCUGACCAGACAGAACCCCCGCCGCGCAGCGGAAUCGACACAACCAAGAGGCGCGUGUACCAUCGGUUGGUAGGCCAUGACACUGAUGAUUGCUUCACCCUGAAGAGGGAGAUAGAGAAGCUGAUCAAGAUGGGGCGGCUGAAGUAG